CUGCUGCUCGAGAAAAGAAAGGAAAGGAAGUGUUCGUCGUGCUCUUCUAAUGUUCGCUGUGUCCCUGGGCGACUGGCUGGCUCUUGUUGCGGUGGGGCUGUGAAGACGCGACCGGAGGGCGACCGGCCAUGCAGAAAGCUUAGAGCUUAGAGCUUAGAGCGAGGAAGGUGACAUCGUGCCGAGAGGCGAUCUGAUCCCGAUUGCUGACCCGCUCGUGCAAUUGAGAAUGCCCGUCGAUGAAAUUCGCCGGCAUUUGUACGUGCGCGUAAUUGCGCGAGACUCGACUCGACUCGACUCUGCUGGAACCACAGGCCGGAGGUGAGGUGGGGGAGGGGAGGGGAGGGGAGUGGACAGGGGAGGAGGGGAAUUGCUGAUGGGCUUGAGAUUGGAGAGUGACGGGAGAGGCGACGAGUGACCGUAGAGCGAAAUUGGAGGUGCGAGGAUAUGGGCAGGAAAUUUAAGGGGGAGGAGUUGAUGAGAGGGUGAAGAAAUUCGAGCGAUCAGCUUUAAUGGGGUGGCUGCGCUCGUUGCUCCGCUCCUUCUCUACCAGUGACAUAUCUGGGGGUCGGAGUACUCGCCUGUGUCUUUGUCCUUGUGAUGUUAUGGCUCCUUGCACCAGAUCGAGAUCGAGGGCUAGCAUCGAUAGGGCGGAGUUGGAUUCGGACGCGCGAGAAAUCGAGAAGAAAGGCCUCGGUGGUCUUCCUCCGAAUCCCCCGAAGCCAGUCACGAGAGCGAGUAAGCGGUUGCGCAAGGAUGAGCUUGCUGUUGAUGAUAGCAAGAAACAGGGUGCUCGAGGAAGCUCCCCUGGUGGAGAUUGUUGGAUAUGCAAGGACUUACAUGCAAAGGAUCCUUUCACCACCGGAUGUGGACACACCUACUGUCGCACUUGUAUCGUGGAGUAUGUAAGGAAGGUUGUGAAGUCCCAAAUGGCUGUUUUAAACCCGACGUAUCCUGACCUUAUGGCACAACUUAUGUGUCCCAAUUCCAGCUGCAAGGAGGAGCUGAGCCAACGCGAGCUAACGGUUCUUCUGGGAGCAAAAGCAUCCAGAGUUUAUGGGAAAUGGCUAGCUACUAUAUUAGACAAGUUUUACCGUCCAUCCCUGAUAAAGGAUGCACGACUGGAGUGCACUAACAUCAAGUGCACAAAAGGUGCACCAACCGUGGUUCUAUCCAGCAAAGUUUCAGACAUUGGCACUACUAAAGUUCGCCACGCCCUUCAGGUUCGGGGCAUUCAGCGGAAGUGUAUGAAGCAACAGUGUGUGCGGCUGCUGUUGAACACGGUGGGACUGGAUGAGAAAGAGGCAAACAGAGCUGUAUGGAUAUGUACAACGUGCGAAGCGGCGUGGUGUGUUGCGUGUGGGGUUCAAAUUCCUCCCACCAGCAAAAAUGACAAAAGUAAGGGUCAUUCCCACUGUGAAGGAGUACAGAGAUACGAGGUUUACAAGUCCCUCGUGGAACUGAAUGAGGCUUGUUCGAUUUAUACGCUGGGACUGCAGACACACAACUUUAGGAAAUCAAAAUCAGGAGGUUCGGGCAAAACCAUUUGGGCUGAUGGAACUGGUUUUGGUGGAGAUUAUAUAGAAAGUAAGCAUCAUUCCGAGGCGAUGCAGGCUGCCGCUAGGAAAGCGGAGUUAGAACUGGACAAUCGGGUUGAGAAACAACUGAGCCUACUUACCAGAGUUUUAAAGGUUGAAGGAGAAGGAGAAGACGGAACGAGUUCGCGUUUGUCAGUCGCAACUUGUGCCCUUUUCAAGUGGGAUAAUAUACUGAGUCAAUUGUUGCGCCAACUUGCUACAAACGACUCAAUGUUGGACAUUUCUGAACGAAGCAGUCUGUAUCUGAAGAUGGUUGAGUUACUUAAGGCAAUUAGAAUGCACGAUGAGUUGCUUCCAGUACUUUUAGGAUGUUCCACAUCAGCUGAGGUGAGUGACAAGGAAUGUGAUGUUGCGAAGUCGAUGGGAUUGAAAGUUGUUAGCAAUGUCGCUCAACAAGAGGGAGGAGAAGAUAUAUCUGAUGACAGAGAUAAUACCGUGAUGAGGAAGUUGGCCAAUAUCUACAAACAAGCGAAGGUGAUGCUACAGCGCAUGCAGAGUGGUUCCUUAGAAGGAACUGCUGCAGCAGAUGUUGACAUGAGUCUUGCACGGGAGCUCUGCCACUGUUAUGAGGUUUUGUUAGAGAGUGCAAUGAAAGAGGACUCGGCUAUUGACGAUAGACGGCAGAGUGUAGAGGUUGGAGUUUCUACGCGAUCAAGGGAGAGGAAGUUGGAAUCAGAGGAAGAGGAAGCGAAGACCAAGAUGGCUGUUUCUCUUUAUAAAGAGAAACUCAGAAGUUUACAGUUCAAGCAGCUACCCAUGGCCGAUGCAAAUGGAGAGUAUAGGCAUCAUUUUAAGGACCAUAUAACUGGAAAGGUGGCAAAUUCUACGUGCAUCGAUAAAAGGGGCUCCCAUAAUCACAAGAGAAUGUUACAUCUUUCGAAGGAAAUCGCAUCCUUGGCCACUACUUUGCCUCUGGAAUGGGAGUCCAGUAUUCAUUUGUGUGUAGAUGAGUCAAGAGUGGAUGUACUGCGGGCAAUGAUUGUUGGUCCUCAGGGAACCCCGUAUCAGAAUGGCCUGUUUAUGUUUGAUAUCUUCCUUCCUCCAGAUUAUCCCCAAGUGCCUCCACAUGUGCACUUCCUCACGACAGGAGGUGGCAAAGUUCGCUUUAAUCCAAACCUAUACGAUUCAGGAAAGAUUUGCCUGAGUCUGCUUGGCACUUGGAGUGGACCUGGUUGGGUACCUGGCAAGUCUACCCUAUUGCAGGUCCUUGUGUCAAUUCAGAGUCUCAUAUUUGUGAAGGAUCCCUACUAUAAUGAGCCCGGAUUUGAACAAACGAAGAGUCCGGAAGCGGAGAAAGAGAAUUCUCGCCAUCGUGAGCAUACGUUGAGUCUAGCAGUUUUGGGUGCUUUACGGAAACCUGACCCACUCUUCGCGGACGUUGUUCGUGAGCAUUUUCUUCUGAAAAGAGAAGAAAUGGAACAACAAUGCGACGAGUGGAUAGCAAUCACAGCUGAAGGGUAUGCCAAGCAUCGCAUCACUAACAUUGCUAAGGAAGUGAAGGCAGAGCUAGAAGUACUUUGCUCCUCCAAGGACUCGCUUUUGUCAAUAUAUUUGUCAUAGCCCGCCCUCACAACUGACUGUAAAUAACCUUAUGUACAGGCUGUAAAAUACGGUUACCUUAGAUUAAUCACUGUCACUGUCGAAGAUCGAGAAGUUUGUCCGAAGCUAGCUUUCGGACCCCUUGUCUGUGAGGUCUUCAUUCGAGCGCCCAAAUGAUCUGAUAGAACGAAACCACUGAGGGCCUUGCUUACUUAGGCCAGGUUUGCAUUACCGGGUACAUAUUAUCCUCCUCUGGGGCAAAUCUGAAUAUGAAACCCGUUCAGAAUUCCGUUGUACACUCUCGUGACUGCCUGGGCACAUCCAAAGUUCCUAGUCACUACAAUUCGCCCACGCCACGCGGAAGAUGCCGUACGUCAGCCUGAACGUGGUACAGGUUCUUCAACUUCUGAUACCAUGCAAAUCUGUUGAGUGUAUAGCCGAGAUUGACCCUACGCCUGUCCGAAUAAAGAAGAACUUCACUUUCACGUCCAGAUAAUGAUUCCCGAUUGGGCUUUCUUCUGCUUUCACUUUGAAAGCGGCCCUUGAAAUCACUCGUCUGUAUCUGCAGUAGCUGUGGUCACCGAAGAUCAAGGUUCGGAGACUAAGAAUGCAGGGGAUCUCACAUUCUACCGAUAGGAGGUUGAGUUAUAGGUUUCAGGUUCUAGAAGUAAACCAUGAAAUCAAACGACUUCAUGAUUUGUGAUCCCAGUGGGCCAAAAUCAAUUAUUUACUAAAUUUCACCCG